AUGGAUCUUACGACAGUGAUUAAAGAAAAGUUUAACGAUCUCACGACAUCGGAUUUGACAUUACGAGUGGACAACGAACUUUAUUACGUGCAUCGAUAUAUCUUGCAAUGGACCUCGGGGUAUUUUCGUGAUAAACUGGCAACUCCAAAAAGGGGCCCUUCUAUUUCAAAACUUUACUCCGAGAAGAGAUUCACUCAAAAACUGGAAAGAUUAUGUGAUUAUGGAUCACAAGAGCUCUUUGCGAUCACUUAUUUGGCUUAUACAUUUCAAGUCAAAGAAUUGAAAGAUUCCUGCGAUCUUUUUAACACGAAAAGCUUUAUUGGAUUGGAUCAUAUACAAUUGGCCAUAGGAUGCGAUGAAAAACGGGACUUGGCUAUUGAAGAUAUUUCUGACCUGCAUUAUAUUCUUGUUGGUGUUCUUGCUAUUAGAAAGAAAGAAUCAUUACAGAAAUUGAGUGAAAGAAAUUCUCAUACCAAUCGAGCAACUGAAACGACAAGUAAAAUCGUGAUGAAAUUAUCUCAAAAACCAAUAGAGAUGCAGAAUUGA